AUGGUCGUCGAGUCACAAUCGAACCUGGACCAGGCUUCCAAGCCAGCAGACAUGGAAAAGAUGAACGCUGAAACACACAAUGUCGACAUUGAGACGGCCUCUACUAAGCCAGCUCGCAAAUGGAGAUUCUUGGAUCGCCUGGUUGCUAGUUCCGUCGAGGCUCGCGGUGUCAUGCCCGUACCUCUCGAGGAGCGCACAUCAACAAAUUACAGCAGCUACUUUUCUAUUUGGUUCUGUAUGAAUAUCAACCUCUUGCCUAUCACGUUUGGCAUGCUCGGCACGACCGCGUACAUGCUCAGUGUUCGCGACUGCGCAUUGGUCAUUCUCUUCUUUGCCUUGUUGACGGCCACUUUUCCCUCCUACCUCGGCAUCCUCGGACCCAACACUGGCUUGAGACAGAUGAUUCAAGCCCGCUACAGCUUUGGAAGAUAUCUCGUUUCCGUCCCCGUCAUUCUCAACCUGGCUACCCUGACGGGCUUCUGCGUCAUCAUCUGCGUGGUCGGCGGCCAGUGUUUGUCUGCUGUCACGGGCGGAACAAUGUCGGCAGCAGUCGGUAUCGUCAUUGUCGGGUUGCUGUCUCUCGCCAUCUCGUUUUGCGGAUACAAAGUCCUUCACGCGUACGAGCGCUUUGCCUGGAUCCCCGCGCUCAUUGCCAUUGUCAUUACGACGGGCUGUGGAGGUUCCAAGCUCAAGGAGCAGGUUGCCACGGAGCCCGCCACCCCUGCCGCCAUUCUCUCUUUUGGAAUGAUUGUCGCUUCGUACAUGAUUCCGUAUGCGUGUCUGUCUUCAGACUUUACCACGUACUUGAAUCCCAAGUUCUCUUCUGUCCGACUAUUUCUCUACGGAUACGCUGGCUGCAUCAUUCCGACGGUACCAUUGAUGAUCCUAGGCGCUGCCAUUGGUGGUGCCAUUGGCAACAUUCCCGAGUGGGCCGAAGGCUACGACUCGACCUCUGUCGGUGGUGUACUAGCUGCGAUGCUGACUCCGGCCGGCGGUUUCGGCAAAUUCGUCGUCGUCGUCCUGUCCUUUACCAUGCUCGGCAACAUUUCCGCCACCAUGUACUCCAUCACGCUCAACUUCCAGAUGCUGGUCCCGCAGCUCGUCGUCGUCCCGCGCUACGUCUUCUCCGUCAUCAUCACGGCCAUUGUCAUCCCCGUCAGUAUCAAGGCGGCUCUCGACUUUUUCUCUAGCCUCGAGAACUUUAUCGCCUUGAUCGGCUACUGGAGCGCUGCGUUUGUCGCCGUCCUGAUCACGGAGCAUGUCGUUAUUCGCCGCGGUCAGUACAGCACCUAUGACCAAGAUGCUUGGAAUUCGGCCUCUAAGCUCCCUUGGGGUGUUGCGGCUCUGGCGGCAAGCGUCUUGAGCUUUGGCCUGGUUAUUCCUAGCAUGGCCCAAGUGUGGUUCACAGGUCCAAUUGCGGAGCAAGCCGGUGACAUUGGAUUUGAAUUGGCCAUUGUUGUCACUGCCGUAUUAUAUGUUCCAUUCCGAUUGAUUGAGAAGCGAGUCGCUGAUCGAUAG